AUGUCACUUUUCUAUGCUUAUAUAUUCAACUUUAUUCCGGUUAAGCCUACUAUGUGCAGUAACUUGAACACCCCAUUUACAGACGUCUUAAAGAUGUUCCGGUUUUCCAAUUGUCUGUCUCCCUUCUGGCCUAUGGCUCGCCCUUUUGCGCCUGCUCCUCAGAUCUUCUUCGGAUAUAAUCAGAAGCUGGCAAUCACUACCUCCCUGUGGCAGUACGGGGAUCAGCCUGUUACAUUCGAUGAGCACCGGAAGAUCAUAAAAACACUCCUCAAUGAUCACUUGAACCGCUACGAGAGUCGGGGGCUCCAAUUACUUAGCCGUGAUACGCAGUUACAGAAUGAACUUAGUGAUAAGCUUUUGAGAAAGAGGCGCACCCUCGAGGAGGAACAAAGCAGGAAAAGACAGGACCUCUUCAAAUUCUUUCGCCAGGAUGCAAAGGAACGCCAGGAACAGAGGGAUAUGCUUUUCGAGAGAAUACUGCAAAAAAACAGUGAACUGGUCCCCCUCCAGGCAUGUCUAUUUCAAUCCAUGUUGCACUUACUACUUCUAAUCUUAUUACAGUUCGAACUUCAAGGACAAAUUACUGAGAAGCUGGCUCUACAGCAAAAUUUCAACAUCCGCGGUGCCCUUGGUAUGCUAUUACAAGACAGAUUUAUUGUGCAGAGGCUAAUAUUAAUAUAUAGAACGGAUUGUCUUGCAGGCUAGAUUGAAGAAGAUUAUCUGGCGUCCGAACGGAGUUCAAACGGGGCUUGAUGAGCUAGCAGAAACGCCGGAGUUUGAUAAGGAAUUGGACAGGGUGGUGGGAGCCCGUAAACUGGUGCGUGGUGAUGUUGUCCAUUGUGUUCGCCACCUUUACCAUGAGGUUUCGAAACAUGCAUUGAGGAACGAUGGAUUCAUCAUUCUGGCCAACGCACACCAUUUCGACAAGAACUAUCGCGCAGCAAUGGUCGCUUUUCUCCGCAUGCAGGACAAGUGGGUUAGCCCUUUAGAUUGGGUGGAGACCAGACCACCAGAAAGUUGAAGUGCAGAUGAAGAGUGCUUUUUUUGAUGUUUUCUUUUAGAUUUUUUGGGAGAGUUUACAAAAACCUGCAUCUCAG